AACUCGCGAGGGUUAAUUAUAACCUCGUGUGCCAACUUCGGGAAGGGCUGUGGAAAACGAGGGCCCUAAAGACUGAAACUCGUUUGAGUUGCGAUUGCGAACCACUCCAAGACGCAAGUGCAUUGAACAACUUUAAUACCACGACACUUGAACAUUAGGGCCAAAUCACUAGCAUUCCCUUGUUGGAAGAGUGGAUCCUGAAGGCGUUAGAGGCGCUGCGUUCCUCGAGAAGAGUUGCUCUGGCGUUAUUUCAACAAUUAGGGAAUAACAAGAUGAGCGGUGGGCCUCCAGUGGUGGUCAAUAAUGAUUCGAUCAAGGAGGAUCAGGAACGGAUCCGACAGAUCCGGAAGAACAAACUGUUCCGUCGAAUCGAGGCUGACAUCAAGGAACGCGAUCGCAAACGCAAGCCAGGCCGUCCUGAACAGUAUGUGGACCGGGAUAGAAUUAUUGCCGUCACUUUGGGCGAAUCGGACAUUCGAGACACGAUGGUUCGUCAGCGGAUGUUCAUCAGCAAGAACUCUAACGUGGUGUAUGAGGAUGAGGCCAACUACAAGGUUCUCAUUCAACAAGCGGAAUAUGAACUUCACAAGGGGGCGUAUGGCAAGGCUCUUUCCUACCUUCACAGAGCCUGUGGGAUUGUACCAGAGGACACAGUGAGCUUGCUUCUUCGAGGAGCUUGCUACGUGGGCAUUCAGGAGUUUGAAAGAGGCAUACAGGAUGUGGACGUGGUCAUCCAAUUCGAUCCCUCCUCUAGGGCCUAUCUGGUCAAAGGAGACGCUCUUUACCACCUGGGAGAUUUUGAGCAUGCAUUAGUUUACUACAACCGAGCUUUAUUCAAAUCCUGUACCACAAAGGAAGACGAGGCUGUUCGAUUUGGAAUCAGCCGGGCUGAAAAGGCCAUUGACAAUGCGUUGGGGCCGCAGGCGAUAAGCCACUUCCUGACCAUGAGAGUCUUGAUCCAAAGGAUUCCAAGUUCCAUAUUCAAUCUAAAGUGGCAAGACAUCAAGAACCUGAAGACCAAAGAGGACCUUUUCCAGCCCAAGAAGACUUCAUCCAGUAGGCUUCCGUAUUCCCAGCGACGAAAAGGCGCCUCGGCAAAAUCAACUUUGUCCAAGAAGGAAUCUCGUUAUCAGCGAGAGUUGCUGGGGAAGCUUUGUCAGGAUUUGGACUACUUGGAAGAUUUGGCAGAUGAAAUUGGCCACACUGAAAAUGGACAAAAAUCCAGGCCGGACAAGGACAACUCGUCCAUACAAAAGGAGGCCGAAGAUGCUAUUUCUUUCCUAAAGAAUCGCCAAGAGUUUUGGCGACAAUUUAAACCCAUGUAUUCUGAAGGGAUCUAGUAUGGCUAAUGGACGUUUUGGAAGAGCUGAGAAGUUUGAAGAAGUAAUGUAUAUAAUAGAGCUGUAUGUUUUUACAUAACAAAUUAGGUAAAACAAGAAAUCAAAAUGUUUACCUCAUUCUUGCGUCUCCCACAAAGGCAGUAAGAGUUCUUGACAAUUCAUGCUUCUACGGUUCGGAAAAGGACAAAUAGCAUCUCGUGAGUCAUGACAGCCUGUUUUAGUUCUUGCUUUUACUUCAAGUCUUUGGACCCAUUGAGAUACAAUGCUGAGACGAAGUGUUUCUUCUCAUAACCUUUUAUGUUUACAUCGCGAUUUUGAUUACAAUUUUGCCCAAUAAUCUUUAAACGAAUAUUUCCUUCACUUUCAAGCCAUUAUCUGUCUUCCAACACGGUGUUCAAAAAGCCCUAUCAAGUUUCCAGAGAAAUUCCCAAACACAAAUUUAAUUUUAUUGUUUUAUGGAAUUCUAGUCCACAUACAAAAGUUACAUACCUAAAAACAUUAUAAAAACUAAGAUUUUCAAAAACCUACUCAAUGUAAAUUAG